AUGAGCAUCCGUGUACACAAUUCGGAGCACUUUGAGGAGCUCCGACAAAGUGCACUGAGCAACUCUUCUCUCUCGUCAAAGUCGCGUUCGACAGCCUCGCCUGCCAACACGAAGGGUAAAAUAACAGCUUCCACACUGUCAAAACAGACGCACAUGAAACGAAUGACCAUGAAGCACGAGCUGUACAUGAAAGAGCAAGAAGCAAUGCAGAAAAAAAUCGCCGAGACCAUUGCGGAGAACAUCCAGCGCCAGAAAAGCAAGAAAGAGGGUCAAUUUCUAAAGCUCCAGCAAGAAGUGGAGGACGGGAAAAUCCUCGCAAAGGAGUUACUUGAAAAAUUAGAGCUACAGCAGCAGUCCAAGACUCGUCAGUUUUCUCGGAUGCACGAAGAAUGGACCAACGACGUUUUCCACAAGCUGAACGACCCUAUAUUGGCAAAAGUUCAGACCAUGGACGGCAAACAACAUAGUGAUGAAAAAGCUGAAGCAUAUCAGAAGUUCCUGGAUAUUACUAACAAAAAAGGUGGACUCUUUCGUGAUAUUAUCAUUGCAAGCGAGUACAAUCCGCUGAGUGACGCCAAGUUCAUCAACCACCGAGCGAAAGUGGACGAUCCAGUGAAGCGAGUCAUUCGUCGACGCGAAGAAGAGGACACGAUUGCUCGGAACGGCGCUAGCAUGUCGAACGAAAGAGGGGGAGAUCUUCCAUCUUUGAAUGGACAGAAUCUCGGUCGCUCCGACAAUCUGGACGUGAAACUCUGGUCCAAGGGCGAGUUCGAGAGCACACCAUAUGGCUACUUCCACAAGAUGAUGAACAGUACGGCUAGCUCCGAAGGUUCUAAGACGUAUGCGUCGCAUGUAAAACUCGAUCACUACAACAUCGAAAAGGGUCUGGAGGUUCUUCGUCAAGAGUUACCCAAGGGAAAGCGCACCAACUUCGACGGAUACAAAAUCCCAAAAUCCACUUUUCAGAUUAAUUGAGUUCGACAUUGG